AUGAGCGCGAAUCCUCUUCCACCCUUGCCUGCCAACGUUGGCUUGGCUGAGUUGUGCCAGACUCUGCUGCCAAGGUCCAUUUGCCCUCCAUGGCAGCGAAAGAUCGUCCGUUACAUCUGUCGCCAUCUAUCCACGGAGGCAUUAUCCAAGGCUUCUUCCUUCGGCGUGAAGUUGGACGUUGACGUCGGCUCAUUGCUUUCGUCCCUCCGGCGCAUCUUUGCUACCUCUAAACCUCCGGUUGGUGCUUAUCGACAGUUUUCGUCUCGUCUGCAGCUUUCUGGCGAGAGCGCGCGUGACCAUUUGGGCUGUCUUCGUCCUUUGGUCUUCGCUGCAUUCCCAAAUUGCCCCCCUUCUGUGACGGACACAAUUCUUGUCGCAUACUUUCGGGCUGGCAUUCUUGACGACCACCUGCGGCGUAAGCUGAUAAAGGGGCAAUCCCUGGCCUCCGAUGAAAUUUUGUCUCUGGUCCAGGACUACGAGGACCGUUAUGGCCCUUCACUUACCUCACCCUUCCAGCGUUCAGAGGCUAGUUCGAUGGCGACUAGGUCAGUGGCAACACAGACCUAUCGGAAUUUAACUCGCACACCCCGGGGUCGUCAGGCUUCGGUAGCCCAAAUUUCAAGUGAGUCCCUGCCCGUGCCCUCUGUUUCAUCUAAUAGUGAUUUUGCUGCUCCUAUUGUUGAUGUAUUGGUUGCUGAUACGCGGGUGACUUUUAUUGUCGGCACCGGAGCAGCUUGCUCUUUACUUAACCCUAUGGGCUUCUCCCAUUCAUGGCUUCGGAAAGCCGAGGUUUCCCACCGACGUCCUCGUAUAGUGGCUGCAAAUGGCAUGCCUUUUUUCCUUCUCGUCUUUAAUCGUCGUACUUCUCCGUCUUGAGGCAGAGCAUUCUAG